GAGCUGCUUUAGUUCGUUCCAUUCAGGGUUUAGAAACUUGUUUGACACGACGAACACUCUAUCAACAAAUGUAUUAGUAGUUCAUGGUUUAAAAUGGACUUGUUUCGCUUUAAGUGAAUGGAAUUUAUCUCAAAGUGGAAAUAUGCAAACGGAAUGAAAUCGGUUGGAACUGAAAUGUCUGUAUUUUGUCGAAUGAAUGUAUGUGUGGAAAUAAAAGUACUAACACAGUAAGUAGGUUUGGCUUGUAGAUUGUUGUUUUAUUGUAUGAAACUGACGUAUAUUCUACUACUCUACUAACCAAACUGUCAGAUACUAGAUUAUAAUAUUAUAUUAGAUUAAUAUUAAGCUAUUAGGAAUUAUAAAAGCAGCUUAAUUCAGUUUUAUAACAUAAGGCGUGAGAGAUACUGGUUUCAGUGCUUUUAGUUAAUGGUAAGCUAAAUGAAACGCCCCUUUCCCUCGCGAACAGGUGAUAAUAAAAUUAUAAUCUUGCUAAUUAUUAACCACUAUCAUCAUUCAAACAGGAUUUGAGCUCCACUGAUUAAUCAAACCUACUUGAAAACAAAAGAGGUGAAGAGAAAAUUAAUCGUUCAUAUAGGAACCGGGAAGAAAUGUUGGCCCAAAGGAAGUGGAGAUACAUAGAUGAUAUUAUUAAAAAAUUAGGUGUGAACAUCAUGCUGUUGGGUAACACAGGAGCGGGAAAGAGCGCAUCUGGAAACACCAUCAUGGGUGAAGACAGAUUUCUAGAACAUUUUUCUCCUCAGGCUGUGACUUAUUUCAGUGAAUUAGCAAAUACAGUAGUUGAUGGACAAAGGAUCACUGUGAUGGACACUGUCGGACUCUCCAACACACAAGUGAAGAUCUCGGAGGCUAAAAGACAAAUAGAGAAUAUGUUAAAGGAAAAAGAUGUCCAUGUGUUUCUGCUGGUGGUCAGACUGGGUGAUAAAUUCACUGAGUUCGAGAGUAAGUUGCUGAAGUGGAUCAGGCAGAAUUUCGGAGCAGACAUCUUUAAGCGCACAAUAGUGCUGUUUACUCACGUGGAUCAGUUACAUGAGCCUGUAGAGAGAUAUCUGCAUGAAUCUAAAUCACUGCAGUCGAUCAUUCAUCAGUGUUUUGGACGCUAUCAUGUUUUUAACAACAGAGACAAAGGUCGCGCUCAAGUCAAUGAGCUUCUGGAGAAAAUAAAGAAAGUUCGGAUGAUGAAUGGGGAACUCAGUCGAUACUCUAUUCGGGAUUAUAGAAAGGUUCAACACGAUCUUCUAAUGAAAGAUUGUGCAAUUGGAGCAGCAGUAUGUGGAGUCAUGUUUUUUAUGAUAGCUCCUGCAUUAGGUGUGGGGAAAGCAGCGCAAACAGGAGCAAUGAUAGGCACAGGUCUGCUAGCAUUAGCAGCUUUUUUGGGAGUGAUUAUUUUGGCAAGAAAAUGUUUUUCUUAAGUGUGGUUUAUUUAUAGACUAAUUUCGAGAGGAUCACGUGCUUAUGAUCAAUACGGCUGGCUCCUCAUUAGCUCCGUAAUCUGACCCAUUAGAUGAUUAUGGAAGCAUUAUAAAUAACCAGAGUUUUUCACUCCAGUUAUCUUCAUCUUGAAGCUUCCCCCUCCUUCCACCCCUACUUCCUCAAUUCAAUUCAAUUCAAUUCAAUUCAAUUCACCUUUAUUUGUAUAGCGCUUAUACAAUGUAGAUUGUGUCAAAGCAGCUUCACAUAAAAGGUCACAGUAAAUAGGAACAGUGUAGUUCAGUUUGUAGUGUUUAAGUUCAGUUCAGUUUAGCUCAGUUCAGUGUGGUUUAAUAAUCACUACUGAGAGUCCAAAUAUUGAAGGGCAAAUCCAACGAUGCGCAGCUCUACAGAUCCCGAACCAUGCAAGCUAAUGGCGACAGCGGAGAGGGGAAAAAAACUUCACUAAUGGCGGAAGUGAAGAAAAAAAACCUUGAGAGAAACCAGGCUCAGUUGGGCACGACCAUUUUAAUUUAUCCGCUGGCCAAACGUCUUGUGCAGAGCUGCAGUCUCAGUGGCGGAGGCUGGAAGCUGGCCUCAGCGAAGACUCGUCUGUCUCUGGAGCGUCACAGGAAUCAGUCUCAUGUUCUCCACUCUUCCAUGGCCACCACAGUAGCUGCUCAGGAUACGGCCUGGUCCAGGAUUUUCCUCCCCCUUUUCCUCACGCUUUUUUUUUCGAUAGGGCGACACGGUGGCCCAGUGGCUAGCACUGUUGCCUCACAGCAAGAACACCGCUGGUCCAACCUCCUAUCGGGCUGGUUGGUGUUUCUGUGCGGAAUUUACAUGUUCUCCCCAUGUUCGCGUGGGUUUCCCCCGGGUCCCCCGGUUUCCUCCCACCGUCCAAAAACAUAAACCAUAGCAAUAGAUUAAACCAAAUUAUCACCGAAGACAACCCUAGUGUACACUUCUCACGCGGCGACAAGCAGGGGAGUUCUCGAGACCUACCUGAGCUCGAACUCCGCUCUCGCCCUUCUAACGGGAGGGAGCCCCGGGCUCGAGGAUAUUACGAACUCAGGGCUCUCUCCUGAGACAGCAUGCUAAAUACUCUUUAUUGAUUAUCAGCUAAGUGUGAACUCUUGAAAAAGCUUGUUAGCAUCAUUUCAUGCCUCUCAAAUACUCUGUAAGAGGCACUAACUAAUAAAAGGUGUAGAAACAUGACUACUUAUCAUGUAGAUUUCACAUUCAUAAAUGCAAUAUGUAUAUGUUAAUUCUUUAACGUGUUUAUAAUAAAUGUUAAUAUACAUAUUCAAGUCAAUUCAUGUUCAUUUCUCUAGCGCUUUUACAAUGUAGACUGUGUCAAAACAGCUUAACACAGGAGUUCUGUUAAAUGUAAACUCUGUCAGUCCAGUUUUCAGAGUUGAAACUCUGUUUAGUUCAGUGUGGUUUAAUUUUCACUGCUGAAAGUCCAAACACUGAAGUGCAAAUCCAUCCCUGUCCCAAACCAAGCAAGCCAGUGGCGACAGUGACAAGGAACAAGCUUCACCAAUUGACAAAAGUGAAGGGGAGAAAAU